AUGGCCCAGUAUCUGCAAAGUACGGAUUCUGCGCAUCAAUGUUGGAUUGUGACUGGACUCGCGAUCCGUAAUGCUCAAAGUUUGGGACUCCAUCUUCCCCAAAACAUUGCCCGCCUUCGGAGUUUUCAAGAGCAACAGCUGGCGCGGAAAAUAUGGCACGGCUGUAUAUUGAUGGAUCGGGUCAUAUCUAUGACAUUUGGUCGGCCUGCCAUGAUCUCAAAGGCAUCCAGUGGGGCCGUUCCUCUGCCAGCCGCCGUUGAUGAUGAAUAUAUCCCAUCUGGGUCUAGCAAAGAGGCCUGCCAGCCUCCCGAUCGGCCUUCGAUGAUGGCAUUUUACGCUAAAUCAUUAGAACUUUACGAGGUCAUGAACGAUGUGCUUCUUAGUCUUUACAAACCAAUCUCGGACGAUAAUGCGGAAGAUAUCCAUGACUUUUAUUUCGAUAAUGCUGCAAGCGAGGGAGAGCGGACUAUCUUUGAGCUCGACCGCUCCCUCACUCGAUGGACACGCAGUCUUCCUCCGCACCUACGUGGAGAUUCUUCAGCAGUAUCCACAAAUCCUAUAUUUUGCCGGCAAAGCAUUGUCUUGCGUGCGAGGUUUCUACACGUGCGGAUGCUUUUGUUUCGGCCAACUCUUUCUAAAUACUGCGCUGUUCGGGAUAAUACGACAGCAUACCCAUUGGUCUCGACGAACGACUCCUUCACCCACCGUGUUGCGCUGCAGUGCUCUAUCAUAUGUGUCAAAGCUGCCCAAGAGUCUAUCGAAUUAAUCUACAAUAAUGUCCCUACUGAUGGUACCGGUGGUCCCCUGCCAGCCUGGUGGUAUAACAUCCUUUGUUCGUAUAUCCUUUCCCCGGGUUUCUACUUCGAUAUUCUGACUUAUCCAGACGUCUAUACCUCUGCAACGGUCUUGAUAGCUGGCCGUUUGUGCGCUGCGAUCCUUGCUGAGGUCACAGAAAUCUCGGUUGUUCAAUCCUGGAACUAUGCACUGGAGGUUCUUCGAAAAUACCAAAGUUACAGCACAUCCGCUCGUCGCUGUGUGGCCGCCCUUGAAAUCCUUUAUGAACAAGUUGCCUCUGAAGGUCUGCUGCCCAUGGGCCAUGUGCCUAGUCAUGAGACAAGGGCCAACCUAAGUGCAGGGAAUGAUAUGUCCUUUGGCGAAGGAAUGAAUGCUGCUAUCUUGGAUAGCUUCGAGUUUCCUGAUUUUCAAGAUAUGUCAUGGUUAAACAGUGUUCCAAGCAACUUUUUCUAG